GCCCAAUCACUUCAGCCGGCUGACAGCGGCCAAUCCGGGAGCUGUUUACAUGGAGCCCGGCCGGAGCACAGCCUUGUCCUGAUUGUGCGGGGCUGGGAGGAAACCUGACUGGAGCCUGUCUCGGUGCGUCCUGCUCUGCAACAAAGGAGGAGAAGUGGGGUCACAAUGAAUCUAGAAAAACUCAGCAAACCAGAAUUGCUGACGCUACUGAGCAUCUUAGAAGGGGAGUUGGAGGCCAGGGAGCUUGUGAUUGAGGCAAUAAAGGCGCAACAUAAAGACAGAUUUAUUGAGGAACGCUAUGGCAAAUACAACAUCAGUGACCCCUUGCUUGCCCUACAGAGGGAUUAUGAGACCCUGAAGGAAGACAAUCAUGGACAAAAGCCACCCCCUGUGUGUUCCAAUCCCCUAUACAUCUUGAGUGAAGUGAUGAAGCAAUGCAAGACCAUGCAGGAGCGGAUGCUGGCCCAGUUGGCUGCGGCUGAAAGCAGACACAGAAAGGUUAUUUUAGACUUGGAAGAAGAACGGAGGAGACAUGCUCAGGAUGCAGCUGAUGGGGAUGAUGUGACAUACAUGCUAGAAAAAGAGAGAGAGCGACUAGCUCAGCAGUUGGAGUUUGAAAAAUCCCAAGUGAAGAAACUUGAAAAGAAACAGAAAGAGGUAUCAGCUCAGCUUGAAGAGGAGAAAGCUCGUCACAAAAAAAUGUCCUCAGUUCUUUUGAAAGAAUGCACAAAGGCAAAUAACAGAGCGGCAGAGGAAGGACAGAGGGUGGAAGAUGUCAACUUAAAGCUGGAGAAAGCCAGGAGCAAGGUGAGUCAGCUUGAAGAAGAGUUAACCCUUGAGAAGAAACGUAGCCUACAGAUGGAAGCCCAGGUGGAGAAGCAGCUUUCAGAGUUUGAUAUUGAACGAGAACAGCUAAGGGCCAAGCUCAAUCGGGAAGAGAAUCGCACCAGAGCUCUGAAAGAGGAGCUGGAGUCCUUGAAGAAACUUAUACAGGACAUGAUACCUGGGUCUGAUGUCAAAGAGACCUCUGCAAAGUCCAACAAGGAAAUUGUAUCUAGUAUAAGUGUGUCUACAGAGAAGCCAGAGGUUUUAUCUGUAUCGUGCCAGACAGAAAGUGUACACCAAGAGAAGAACAGUAUUGAUGCUUUACCAAAAGCUCAUAUUUCCUUGUCAACACCUACUAAAAUUCCUCAGCUUUAUUCUAAAGUAAAUGGACAUUGUGGCACAGCUACACAGAAUAAUGAACAUGCCCUAAAGUUAAAUGUGGGGGAGGGCCUGAAAGAGAAAGUGGCAAGUCAUGACAGUUUAUCUGAGAACGGAGGUUCGCCUGUCAGAGUGGAAUCUCCUUUACACAUGAUUAUGCCUAUUCCAUCUAGCGGGGCUUCGUCCUCUCCCAGCAGUACUGCAGCCUCCUCCUUAACAUCCUCUCCAUGCUCCUCUCCAGUUCUCUCAAGACGUCUCGUUGGGGCAACUGGUAGUCCUGGUUACCAGUCGCCUUAUCAGGCUGGCAUCAACCAGCGGUUUCAUGCUGCCCGACACAAGUUUCAGUCUCAAGCUGAACACGAUCAACAUGUUUCUGGACUCCAGAGCCCCCCUUCUAGAGACUUAUCCCCAACCUUGGCAGAUAACUCUGCUGCCAAGCAGCUUGCUCGCAAUACAGUCACUCAGGUGUUGUCCCGUUUUACCAGCCAGACCACUGGUAAAUCUGUGCCUCCCAAUAGCUCACCCUUUGGUACAGACUACAGAACCCUUGCCAAUGCCUCCAACCAAAAAAAUGAUGGGAGCCACUCUCCAAAUCCCUUGAAAGUUUCCAGUCCUCUCAGCCCUGUAUCUCCAGGUAUAAAAUCCCCUACCAUAUCAAGAGUGGAAAGAGGAAACCCCCCGCCCAUCCCUCCAAAGAAGCCGGGUCUAGCCCAGUCCCCUGCAUCUCCUCUCCCACCAGCCAAAGCUUCGACACUACCCUCAACACUGGCAGCUUCAGUGGAUGUAUCCAGUAGCCACUGCUCCAACAAUGGCAUUAUAACAAACGGGCAGGAAAUUGAAGUAAUGUUACCGUCUGGUAGCUAGUUUUAUUCUGCAGUUAUUUGGACUUUAGGAUGCUGUCGAUGGGCAGCUCAUACCUGUAUAAUCUACAGUCUAGACGAUCAAACUUAUUUAUUUUGCUAGUAGAAAAUAUGGUAUAUUAUAUAUAGGGUCUGUUUUUUAUUUUUCAAUUUGUAGCCCACGUACAAAUUUUUGUCUUAAUUAUGUUAAAAGCGCAAAAGGAAUUUUUCCCUGCCUCUUGUCUGUUAUGUUAAUCAGAAGAUGACACUUGACGGUGACAAAUCACUACCGUGUAAAGUUAACUACAAUUCCAUGUUUUUCACACCCUGGACGAUGAUGGGAAAACUGGUGCUUGCUUUUCAAGAAUCAUCUUGGACAUUACCGAAUAAGAAAUACAGCACUGACCUGUUGGCAGUCAAGCUUUAUUCUGUAUGCCAGGAGGCGUUUCAUUUUUCUAUUGUAGGAUUAAAGCACUUCUGUCAACACGUUGGACGCCUUCAGGGUAACGGGACUUUUUUUUAGGGAACUAGGAUGCUUAUUACUCUUAGACCCACGUCACACUUUUGCUUUUGAACACCGUGUGCGAGCCCAACAGAAGUUCUCCUAUGUACUCAGUGGAGAGCUGAUGCGAGAUGGCACAAACACCAAAAAGCUCUAGAACAGUUGACUACAGGUUUCCAUGAAUCUUAAUAUGGAAGAUAUUUUAUCUGUUUCAGUUCCCCAUCCCCCAGAGAUCACUUUCUUUCAGCUCGAUUACAUUGGACUUACAAAGUAUAUUGCAAGAACGCGAAGUUCUGAAAUCCUGUGCCAAGUUUCUUGCACACAUCUGAAAGGGAAAAUCUGUAUUUUACUGAAACAAAGCACAAAAUUACAGCAUUUCUGAUAAGUGGAAAUUGUUAUUUAUCACAUGUAUUACAUAAAGUCAGAUAAUUUGGGGCUAUUAAGUGGUGUUUUGCUACCCAAGAAUAUGGAUUGUCUACAUGAUGCAGUAAAAAUAGUAUUUUCAGCUUUAAUCUUUGUGGUUAGUAAAAAGAGACCAACUUGAAAUACAGAAGAAAUGGUGAUUGCCCAUAGUUUAAUCUAUAUGUGCCACUCGUAUAACCACAUAUUAGUGGUGACCAGUCAGUCCUUAGUAUACGUACAGAAUGUCUGAUUACGUGACAGACGGGUUGGAAUGCCACCAUUUAGUGGCACUGUACUGGGCGGAAACUCUGAGGGGGAUCAUGGUGGCGCUGAACAUUCUGGUGUCUCCAACAUUUUUAAAAUGCUGUACAGAAUUUCAUAGGUUUGACUAGUCUGUCUUGCCCAUCUGCCCUCUCGUUGGUGCACCCAGCUGCCGUAAUGAAACGAUACUUGUCACAAUGUGUCACCAAGUAUGUGGAAGCAAAAUGGUGGACUAUGUUGAUAAAUUCAGUACAUGUUUUGAAGGGGAAAUCCAUCCAAAUUGAUCUUCUAACGUCUUAAACGGGUUGUCCGCUCCUUUAGAAGUCAAGGUCUGUCCUCGGAAAAGGACUUCACGAUCUGAUCGGCCGGAGUCUGACACCCCAAACUCCCAAAGAUCAGCUGUUCUGCAGUACCUCCAAUGAUGGAACUCCACAGCUCUGUUAAUUAUGCUGUGGAUGGAGCUGGUAAAAGUAACCUGCUCUGUCCACACCACGAUGGAUAACGCUACUGCAGAACAGCCGAUCGGUGGGUUGUCAUACCCCUGAAGAUCAUAUACUGAUCCUCAGGAUAGGCCAGCAUUUGCAAAGGGGUAGACAACCCCUUUAAACUGUCCAUACUCUUCAGAUAAUUGUUGGCCAAAUGCUUGUUGCUCCUCCCACCUCCCUCCAAUAUAUGGGCAUGUGUUCUCAAUAGAUGGAAGGAAUAAGGCGAUGCCAGGCACUUGGAUAAUGUGUCAAAAGUGUAAUCUUUGAGGUGGGACCAGCAGCAUUUUCAGGAAAUGUGACAUAUUCUGAAACGUAGCAAGCAGAAGGCCAUUUAAACUUCACGAUCUAUUUAAAAUCUCUAGAGUUUAUGUGAAAAUUACAUACAUUUUGAGUGACUUCCCCCACUAAGACCUCAUGCACACGACCAUAUGUGUUUAGUGGUCCUCAAAACAUGGAUCCUGGCCUUGUGUAUGCUGCCAUUUUUUUUUACUUCUGUAGAAAUAUCUGAUACUUGUCCGCAAAACAGACAAGGAUCAGACAUAAUCAAUAUUUUCCGGGCCGGCAGAACGGACAUGCAUUCUUUUCAGUCCCAGUGAAAUAAAUGGGUCUACCUCUGAUCCACAAAAAAUGGACUAAAAAUACGGUCAUGUACUGUACAUGAGACCUAAAUGCCAUAUUUUGAGAAUAUUUGCCCUUUUUUGUUUUUACAAAUAUAUGAGACCCUUUUAUUCUUAUUUUUGCCUGAAUAUAUAAAUGAUACAUUCCAGUAUUCAGGUCCACUUUCUGUAUUCACAGUUUAUAUUCACCUGCACACGGGGCAGGCAUGUUACUCAGUAUUAUUAUAAUUACAAGUAUACCCAAUAUCUUGGGUAUUUGUUUGCCAGAUCUGGUAUCGCCACAUAUUAAAUUCAGGGCAAACUGUGGCAGUGACCAUUUCAGAAAAAAUGAUGGGCAAUAAUGACCACCACCCUAAGACUUAUUGUAGUCACAUCUUCAUAUUCUUGCACUACAGCUGACUGCACUGGAACCAUGAGCUAAUUGCACGAUAAGUAAGGAUCGGUUUCCCCACCCAAGUGCCUUAAGAUGAUAUUAAAUGAUCAAUUGUUGCAGGUUGAGGACAUUUUAUUUAGGCAGAGGCAGCACUCAAGCCAUCCUCUAUGAAUAGAAUGUUGUGUGCUGCCUCUGUGGAUGAGGGUCUUCUGGAGGCCUGCACCAGAUCUAAUCAGAAUUUCUCCUUUUAUCUCCUAUGUGUUGUAAUCUUAUUUUGAGAAGCCUAUAAAAAUGUAUGUUACAGGUCUGGUUUAUGUUGUAGCCACAAUAAUCUGGCAGCAGAUAGGACCAGCAUGAUUGCCGAAUGAUUUGUGAAUACCGUCAGUGACUAUGCAGGUGCGGAGUAAAUGUAGUAUUCUAUUAGCGUGGAGUCACGUAUCCUAGGUGGGGAAAAUGUCAUAGCCAAAGGUUAUAUGAAAGCCAAUCAAGAAUUAUGAAAUGCACAACAAACAGUGCAUUUUUCUUUGUUUUAGUUUUUUGGUGCAUUCUAUGGGGCAUUCACAGGUAGAGAGAGUUUGCUACUAUGGGAGCAAUUUUAUAUCUUGCCAUAUUAACAGGAAAAAACACUGUCCUUGCCCACAGUGCCACAGUGGCAUCAACUGCUGUGCAUCCUGCCAUUAAAUGGAACCUGCAGGCAGAUUCAGUGUAAGGGGCUGUUCACAUCUCAUUUACAUUAUACGUACCUGAAAAAAAGUAUGCAAUUUUGGUUGUUUCUCGGUUUGUUUGUUUUUUCCGUAUACAUUUAACAGAUAUGCAUACGUUUUAAUGUGUCAGUUUUAAAAGUGACUACAGUGUAAAAAGAACUACACGUUUCUACUGUAUUUUUUGUACAAGACAGAAUAGUGUGGUAUACUAGGCUCAUUUGAAAAAAUGUACAGAAACAUAAACGGGGACAAACGGAGUCAAAAGUAUGCACUUUUGAAUUAUGUUUGCUCAGUUAACGUCUUGGCAUGUCAAGUGAUACGUUUCAAAGUGUUUUUACUG